AUGAAGACGCUGAGGUUUUGGCUGAACGCUGAACGAGUGUGCUUUCUUACAGAGGACCACUUAUAUGGGCAUCAUAUGGGAUUCGCCCAGUAUGCACGGGCAGCUUACCUCUUACGACACAAUGUGAAUCCACCAGACUCUGGUAAAAACAAAAACAAAAAUCCCACUGACUCUGGGAAAGACAAUAGCAAGCACCCACCUGACUCUGGUAACAACAAGGACAAAACUCCCCCUGACUCUGGUAAAGACAAGGCCAAGAAUAUCCCUGCUUCUGGAAAAGACAAGGCCAAGAAUAUCCCUGACUCUGGAAAAGAAAAAGACAAAAAUCCCCCUGACUCUGGUAAAGACAAGGACAAGCAUCCCCCUAAAUCUGGUAAAGACAAGGACAAGAAUCCCACUGACUCUGGUAAAGACAAGGACAAGCAUCCCCCUGAAUCUGGUAAAGACAAGGACAAGCAUCCCCCUGGAUCCGGUAAAGACAAGGAAGAACAUCCCUCUGACUCUGGUAAAGACAAGGACAAGAAUUCCCCUGGAUCUGGUAAAGACAAGGAUAAGCAUCCCCCUGACUCUGGUAAAGACAAAGACAAGCAUCCCCCUGAUUCUAGUAAAGACAAGGACAAGAAUCCCCCUGGAUCGGGUAAAGACAAGGACAAGCAUCCCCCUGACUCUGGUAAAGACAAAGACAAGCAUCCCCAUGACUCUGGUAAAAACAAGGACAAGCAUCCCCCUGACUCUGGUAAAGACAAAGACAAGCAUCCCCCUGACUCUGGUAAAGACAAGGACAAGCAUCCCCCUGACUCUGGUAAAGACAAAGACAAGCAUCCCCCUACCACUGGUAAAGACAAGGACAAGCAUCCCCCUGACUCUGAUAAAGACAAGAACAAGAAUUCCCCUGGAUCUGGUAAAGACAAGGUCAGGCAUCCCUCUGACUCGGGUAAAGACAAGGACAAGCAUCCCCCUGACUCUGGUAAAGACAAGGACAAGCAUUCCCCUGGAUCCGGUAAAGACAAGGAAGAACAUCCCUCUGACUCUGUUAAAGACAAAGACAAGAAUCACUCUGAUUCUGGUAAAGACAAGGAUAAGCAUCCCCCUGACUCUGGUAAAGACAAAGACAAGCAUCCCCCUGACUCUGGUAAAGACAAGGACAAGCAUCCCCCUGGAUCUGGUAAAGACAAAGACAAGCAUCCCCCUGGAUCUGGUAAAGACAAGGACAAGCAUCCCCCUGACUCUGGUAAAGACAAGGACAAGCAUCCCUCUGACUCUGGUAAAGACAAAGACAAGGAUCCCCCUGGAUCCGGUAAAGACAAGGACAAGCAUCCCCCUGGAUCUGGUAAAGACAAGGACAAGCAUCCCCCUGGAUCUGGUAAAGACAAGGACAAGCAUCCCUCUGACUCUGGUAAAGACAAGGACAAGAAUCCCCCUGGAUCCGGUAAAGACAAGGACAAGCAUCCCCCUGACUCUGGUAAAGACAAGGACAAGCACCCCCCUGACUCUGGUAAAGACAAGGACAAGAAUCCCCCUGGAUCCGGUAAAGACAAGGACAAGCAUCCCCUGACUCUGGUAAAGACAAGGACAAGCAUCCCCAUGACUCUGGUAAAACAAGGACAAGCAUCCCCUGACUCUGGUAAAGACAAAGACAAGCAUCCCCCUGACUCUGACAAGGACAAGCAUCCCCCUGACUCUGAUAAAGACAAGAACAAGAAUUCCCCUGGAUCUGGUAAAGACAAGGUCAGGCAUCCCUCUGACUCGGGUAAAGACAAGGACAAGCAUCCCCUGACUCUGGUAAAGACAAGGACAAGCAUUCCCUGGAUCCGACAAGGACAAGCAUCCCCUGGAUCUGGUAAAGACAAAGACAAGCAUCCCCAUGACUCUGGUAAAGACAAGGACAAGCAUCCCCUGACUCUGGUAAAGACAAGGACAAGCAUCCCUCUGACUCUGGUAAAGACAAGACAAGGAUCCCCUGGAUCCGGUAAAGACAAGGACAAGCAUCCCCCUGGAUCUGGUAAAGACAAGGACAAGCAUCCCCCUGGAUCUGGUAAAGACAAGGACAAGCAUCCCUCUGACUCUGGUAAAGACAAGGACAAGAAUCCCCCUGGAUCCGGUAAAGACAAGGACAAGCAUCCCCCUGACUCUGGUAAAGACAAGGACAAGCACCCCCCUGACUCUGGUAAAGACAAGGACAAGAAUCCCCCUGGAUCCGGUAAAGACAAGGACAAGCAUCCCCCUGACUCUGGUAAAGACAAGGACAAGCAUCCCCCUGACUCUGGUAAAGACAAGGACAAGAAUCCCCCUGGAUCCGGUAAAGACAAGGACAAGCAUCCCCCUGACUCUGGUACAGACAAGGACAAGAAUCCCCCUGGAUCUGGUAAAGACAAGGACAAGCACCCCCCCAACUCUGGUAAAGACAAGGACAAGAAUCCCCCUGGAUCCGGUAAAGACAAGGACAAGCACCCCCCCAACUCUGGUAAAGACAAGGACAAGAAUCCCCCUGGAUCUAGUAAAGACAAGGACAGGAAUCCUCCUGAAUCUUUUAAAGAUGUUGGAACCGUUUACCUGCUGGCUGUGACCUCUCAGGCUGUAGGGGGCACCACCGAGAUGUUAUGUGUCACCGUCAACCCCAGUGAAACUGUUUCUAUAACCAUAACCCUGGAGUAUAACCAAAACAAUGUCACUAUUCUGACAGAAAUGUCUAUAACUCAACAAUACUACAACUGUAUCCCAUUCCAGGUUCCAGUCGUAACUGUGGAUACGGUGGCAUCGAUUAAGAUUCAGAUUAAAGGGUCAAAAACGACCCUGAACAAUAAAAAAAAUAUCCUCAUCACACCUUCAUCACAUCUGAUCAUCAUUCAGACAGACAAACCCAUCUACAAACCAGGACAAACAGUGAAUUUCCGCAUCGCCUCUCUGGAUACCAAUUUCCUCACCUACGAUCAGAAGUUUCCGACAAUAGAAGUGCAGGACCCAAACUCAAACCGUAUUGGUCAGUGGCUACAAGUCACAACGCUCAACGGUCUGGUGGAUCUCUCAUACCCCAUAAACUCUGAGGCUACAAAAGGAUUUUAUAUCAUUACAAUCUGGGAUGAAAAAAACCAACAGAUCACACAAACGUUCGAAGUCAAGGACUACGUUCUGCCAACAUUUGAAGUUACAGUACAGCUUCCUCCAGUCAUCACCAUCCUGGACACGACCGCCACACUGAAAGUGUGUGCAAAAUAUACAUACGGGAAGCCGGUGAGCAGGACGGUGAAGGCCACCGUCUGCCAUAAGAGUUACAAAUAUGGGAUGUUCACGUCAAGAGCCACAACACCACCAGACAUCUGCAAGACAUAUACAAUAAAGAGUGACAAGUCAGGCUGUGGACUAAAGACCUUAAAUCUUGAAGAAUUUGCAUUAAUUGAUUCACGCUAUGAAGCUUCAAUCGUAGUUCAGUGUGAAGUGGAAGAAGACGGCACCGGAGUGAUUCUAACUGCUUCAGGCAGCUCUUAUAUAACGUCUAACAUCGUCACACUUUCAUUUGAGGAUUCACCAGCGGUCUUUAAGCAAGGAAUUGCAUAUGACGGAAAAAUUAAAGUCCUCGGCCCAGAUGCCAAUCCAGUAAAAAGAAAAGUAGUGCAUCUCACUGCAACUUACGGAAAUAAUAAGAAAUCUGUUCGGAAGCUGAUUACAAGUUCCAAAGGCAUCGCAAAAUUUUCCUUCAACACUGAACCAUGGGGUUCGGAGCAGGUCACUCUUGAGGCACAGUAUGCAACACCCAACAACACGGUUGUAUACAGGGAAAAUCAGCUUACACCCAACUACCCCACCGCCUACCUCUGGCUUCAGCCGUUCUACUCCAAGAGCCGGAGUUUUAUUAAAUUUAAGAGCUGCCCGAAGACUAAUAGCUGUAAUAAAAAAGCUGUGAUUGAGGCUCAGUAUAUGAUACAACACAGUGCACUCAAAAAAGGCCAGAAGACCAUAACCUUCUUCUACAUGGUAAUGAAUAAAGGACAUUUGAUUCAGCAAGGAAAGAUUAAAGAAGAAGUCAAAGCCGGAACAGAGCACCGGGGCACCCUGGUGAUCACUUUGCAGAACAUGCUAAAGAUGACCCCAGUUGCUCAGGUGGUCCUGUACACAAUCCUUCUGAGUGGCGAAGCCGUGGCAGACAGCAUGAACGUUCCUAUUCAGCUGUGUUUGGCUAACAAGGUUUCUCUAACGUUUUCACCAUCUACGGCGCUUCCCGGUGGUCAGACGUCACUGCUGCUGAGUGCAGCUCCAGGUUCGCUAUGUUCAGUGAAGGCAAUAGACCAGAGUCUGCUGCUGCUGCAACCCGAGAAGGAGCUGAGCAUUGAAUCUGUGUUCAACAUGCUGCCUGUACAGACGUUAUCAGGAUAUCCGUACAACGUGUAUGAAGAUGAUUCGAACCCCUGCCUGGGGAGUCCAUUUAUCAAGCAACCUUUAUUUGCACCACAAGGGUCAAAACGAAUUGGCUAUUUUCCACAUUCUGGAACAGUGGAUGUGUACAGCACCUUUAAAGAUAUUGGAGUCAAAAUUCUCACCAAUGCAGACAUAAUGAAACCUUCAGUAUGUGAUUUAUUCCCAGUCCCAGGGAUUGCUUUCAGUGAAGGAGCCGUCUUUCUCGCUAAAGAAGCCUCUACAGCUUCAGCUGACACGACUUCAAGCCAACCAGCGGUUACGAUCCGCAUAUAUUUCCCAGAGACGUGGAUUUGGGAUCUCAUUUCAGUCAGUCAUUCUGGAUCAGUAAGUGUUAGUAAAACGGUCCCAGACUCCAUCACGACGUGGCAGGCCGGGGCCUUUUGUACUUCACCUAUCGGGUUUGGAGUCGCGCCGGGAACCGAGCUCACUGCCUUCCAGCCUUUCUUUGUGAGCCUCACCAUGCCGAGCUCCGUCAUCAGGGGAGAAGAAUUUACACUCAAAGCCACCGUCUUCAACUACCUCCAAAGCUGCAUGAUGGUGAAGGUGACCUUGGCAGACUCGCAACAGUUCUCAGUGCAUCCGUGUACAAACUGCGUUUACACACACUGCCUAUGUGCUGAUGAGAGCUGGACCUUCUCCUGGACCAUCAGUCCACUGGUUCUGGGGGAGGUGAGCAUCAAAGUGACAGCAGAAGCUUUGGACUCAUCGGUUCAGUGUGGAGGAAAUGAAGUUACUGUUCCACAACAAGGACGUAUCGAUACGAUCAUCAAAACGCUGCUUGUGCUGGCUGAAGGAAUCAAACAGUCCAGGAGCUACAAUGAGCUUCUCUGUCCAUCAGGUGUUCUUGAGGAGACGGUCUCACUAAGCCUGCCCAGUGUCUUCGUGGAAGGUUCAGCAACAGCUUCAGUUUCUAUACUGGGAGAUCUGAUGGGUCGAGCCCUACAGAACCUGGACAGUCUCCUGGCGAUGCCAUACGGUUGUGGAGAGCAGAACAUGCUGCGCUUUGCUCCCAACAUCUUCAUCCUGAAGUACCUGGAUAGCACCAACCAGCUCACACCUGCCAUCAGGAGCACAGCUGAGACCUACCUCGUGAGCGGAUACCAGAGAGAACUGACCUACAAACACAAUGAUGGAUCUUACAGUGCGUUUGGGAUGAGUGAUGCAUCAGGAAACACAUGGCUGACAGCGUUCGUGAUGAAGUCUUUCGGGUUCGCGAAGAAUUACAUUUUUGUGGAUCAGGUGUUUGUGGAUCAGGCGAAGAUCUGGCUCGGUCAACAGCAGAAGGCUAAUGGAUGCUUCGCCUCAGUGGGACAACUCUUCCACAGUGAUCUGAAGGGAGGAGUGAAUGAUGAAGUGACACUCACGGCGUACAUCACGGCUGCCAUGCUGGAACUCAAUUAUCCAGUUUCUGAUCCUGUAGUGGCCCACAGUCUGACGUGUCUGACGAACGCCUACACUCAGGUGAACUCCAACUAUGCCAAGGCUCUCCUCUUCUACACCUUCACACUCGCUGGAAAUCAGGCAAUGAGGAACACUCUCAUCUUAAACCUGGAUGCACAGGCCAUAACUUCAGGAGGUGGAAGGCACUGGAGCAGAGAGGAUGAUAUGUUGGUGACGGACUCUUUGGAGGUGGAGAUGACCUCAUAUGUGCUUCUGGCUCUGAUGUCUGGACCCCAAAUGUCCGGGUUUGGUCUGGGUUACAGCUCCAGCAUUGUCCGCUGGAUUUCUCUGCAGCAGAACGCCUUCGGAGGCUUUGCGUCUACACAGGACACUGUGGUGGCUCUCCAGGCUCUGGCAAAAUACAGUCUGGCCACCUUCAGUCCAGCAGGAACUGUUACUGUUACUGUAACAUCACCAUCAGGACAGAUUACCACGUUUAUCAUCAAUCAGAGUAACAGGCUGCUGUAUCAGGAGAGUCAGCUGCAGGAAGUUAAUGGAGAUUACAGGAUCAGAGCAGAAGGUGAAGGCUGUGUGUACGUGCAGUUCACUUUACACUACAACAUCCCUCCUCCACCUGACAGCUCAUCAUUCACCAUUUCGGCCUCAACAUCUGGAGACUGCAAAGUCCAAAAUCCAUCUUUUAAAUUGACCAUUACAGUCAUGUAUAAGGGUCAACGUGUGGAGACCAACAUGGUGGUCAUCGAUGUAAAGCCACUUUCAGGAUUCAGGGUGGACGAGACAUCAUUUUUAUUCCAGGAGAAGAAAGGAGCUGUGAAACGUGUGGAUCAAAUCAAUGGCAAUGCAGUCAUCUACCUGAAUGGACUGACAAAUGGAGAGGUGAAGGUUUACACAAUGACCAUCAUACAGGACAUUCCAGUACAGAACAUGAAACCAGCUGUUGUGAAGGUUUAUGACUACUACGAGAUCGGUGAGACGGCUUCAACUUCCUACACCUCUCCAUGUAUCGUCUGAGAGAUUGCACAUGAACUCAGCAGGGGUCCAACAAGAGCUUGUUUCACAAAUAUAUUUGAAAUAUAAGAGUUUUGCUCUUUUUUUUUUUUUACUUUUUUUUUACUUUGAA